GUUUCUGCGUACAAAUAAUAACGGUUCCGGACAUUUCACUUUCACAGAUUUAACCUUAUUCUCCAACGAAUGAGUAGAUAAGCAAACUUGUCAAUCACUAGGCUAGGCUUAAAAAUGAUUCCUCGGUUUCUUUCGGCAUUUUCAGCUGGGCGAUACCUUAUUUUGGGCAGUCCGCACUGGUAGCAGUGCCAAGAGAAACUUUAUAAAGUAGAAUGAGUGAUAUUCGUGCAAUGGUCGAGUGCGCGGAAGCAGCCUCCACAGAGUUUUUUAUAUUUUUAAAACUUCUCUGGGGCAGCCCGUACGUAGAAAUAUGGACGUAUGUGAUGUCGUCCCAUCAUGGCGUGGAGAUUCAGAGCAAGAAUUAUAUUCGCCGUGCUUUCGUGGAAGCUAAGUUUUGGCAGCCUUUUUACAGCAUUGCAACGAAGGCACUGGAGGGAUUUAUCCGGAAUGCUGAGAGACAGGAUAUAGAGGAUGAGGAUAUAGCAGAAGAUUUUCACUGAUAAGGCCUGAAAUCUGCAAUUUUGACUUGCUUUUCAUUCUCAGUUACAAACAUUUGCAAGUUAUCAUGGCCGGUCGCACGAUUCAGGUUUCACGCGUGCCCUUCAUCCCGAACGAGAAAUUUCUGGUAGAAUGUCUGGAGGACACAGUUGGCCGUGGGAAUGUGCGCGCUUGCAGGCUGAUCACGCAAAGCUCAAUGCAUAGUCAAGAAGAUGCAGAAGUAAGCGCCCUUGUUGAAACAGCGAGCGCGGAAUCAGCAAUGGAUCUUCAUAAUCUUGCCAAGGCCGGUCUUCUCAACUUGUGGGGUGCUUUACUAGCAGUCCAAUUUGUGCACAAUGCGGACUUUCUGUCCGAAUCUAAGGUUUUGCCCCAAUCAAAUGAUGCUGCGUGCGAUCCAAAUUUUUCUGUGCCUCAACUUCAUUGCGAAGCAGAGCUUUCUGUGCCAAAAGAUGUGUCUGAGAAUAACACAUCUCUGCCGAGAGUUGUGUCCGAGCCAAAAAUUGAAGAUGUUUAUGAGUCGAAGGCUUCGGAGUCGCAACUUUUCAGCCAGCCAAAAGUUUCCGUGCCAGGAAAUUUGUCUGAAAAUAAGGUAUCUGUGCCAGCCAUUGUUCCUGAGUCAAAUAUUUCAGCUGUAAUUGAGCCAAAAUUUUCUAUGCCACAACCUCCCAGCCAAGCAUAUACUUUUCCCCCUUUUUCCAAAGCUGUGUCUAAGCCAAAACCAGUGAACGACUCAAAAGUUGUUGCCGAUCCGAAUCUUCCUUCGGAAAGGAAGGGUUUUGUGCCAAAAAUUUUCACCACUUUUGAGCCACAAGCUGUGUCUGCGGCAAAGAUUUCAACACCAAAAGAUAUUGUUGAGCCAAGACCCGUGCACGAUACAAAUCUUUCUGUUCAACAACUGUCAGAAAUGAAGGCUUCUGUAGUAAAAGUUUUUGAUGCUUUUGAGUUAAAAAUUGUGUCUUCAGCAAAGGCUUCAGCACCAAAAGCUGUGCCAAAGUCCGUGUAUGAUCCAAAUCUUUCCGUGCCACAACUUCUCUCAGAAAUAAAGGCUUCUGUGCUAAACGUUUCUAGCACAUUUAAGCCAAACGAAAUUGUUGCUGAGCGAAAACCAGGGUAUGAUCCGAUCUCAGAAAGAAAGGCUUCUCUUGCAAAAUUUUAUAGCUCUUUUGAGCCAGCAGCAUCGACUUCAGCACCAAAAGCUGUUGCCGAGCCAAAUUUUGCUCCACACCGAGAGGUUUCUGUGCCAAAAAGAAAUUCUGAGCGAAAAGUGGGAUCUCGAUCGAAAGAAGUGUCUGCUGUAAAGGAAACCUCUGUUUGUUUGGAGGGAACUGAUCUGCAUAUGGGCUGCGAAAUUUCUGAGAAUUCAUUCUAUGUUUUAUGCUCUUUCAAUGAAGUUAUUGUAGAGUUUGUGUAUGGUCGUAAGAGAAUCAGCCUCUUUGUAAGGGCGAGUGGGACUGACUACAAGAUGGAUAUUGAGUAUCCAGAUAUCCGUUACAUUCACAGAGGGCAGGCGACGGGAAAGAAUACUCAGGUCCUCCUCCUUCGGCUACGGAAUGCCCCGAGGAUUUACAGCAAUAUGUCCCCAGUUUUACAAUCUGAUACUAAUGGCUGCAACUACAAAGACUUGAAAGAUGCUCAGUGGAUCCGAACAACAGAUUUUACACAAUGUUGUUGUAUAGGUCAAUCUUCAUCGUUUAGUUUGGAGCUUCCCAAUUCUAUAGACAUUUCUCAUAUUCAGAACAAGUUUGCACAUUACAAAGAGAUUGAAGAGAAAAUUUUGCUAGAGCAUGGAAGACCAUAUAAUCCAACUUCAAUUUUGGUGCCAAUCAGAAGUCCUCCAGAAGAUUUGGACAUACCCUACAAAAUAAUGUUCAAAAUAAAUUCACUUGUCCAACAAGGCAUUCUUAGUUGGCCAACCCUUAGCAAGGAAUUCUUCAAUUUGCUACUGCCUGAGAGAAGGCCAGCUGAUUAUAUAUAUCAGGCUUUAACAAAACUUAGUAAUUCAGGAUGGAACACUUGCUACAGACCUGUAGAUUGGCUCACAAAGGAACUAGGUAUGUUGGAAAAAUCAAAAGGGCACCUUCAUUCUGAAAACAUAUCUCUGGAUAAUGGCCUGAUGCAUAUCAACAGGGUACAAAUUACUCCUUCAAAAAUCUACUUCUGUGGACCUGAAGUUAAUGUUUCCAAUCGUGUGACACGACACUUUGCAGAAUACAUUGACAACUUUCUUCGUGUUUCCUUUGUUGAUGAGAACUUGAACACGCUUAGUUCUCGUGACUUGUCUCAAUGGAUGGGCCGUGAAACGCCACAGAAGCAUACAAAAAUAUAUGAGAGGAUUCUGUCUGUUUUGAAAGAAGGCAUUGUGAUAGGGAAUAAAAUAUUUGAGUUUCUUGCUUUCUCUUCAAGUCAGCUACGUGAAAGUUCAGUGUGGAUGUUUGCCUCGACUGACACACUUAGUGCAGAUUAUAUAAGGAAAUGGCUAGGUAACUUUGUGACGAUAAAAUGUGUUGCAAAGUGUGCAACAAGAAUGGGACAAUCAUUUAGCUUUUCCACUGAAACAGUUGAUGUUGCCUCAGAUGAAUUUGAAUACAUUCGUGACAUAGAGGUUCAUAGUAGUGGUAAAAAAUACAUUUUUUCAGAUGGAAUUGGUAAAAUAUCUUCUUCUUUGGCAGAAGAGGUGGCUCGUAAGUGUGGAUGUGAGAAGAAACCACCCUCUGCUUUUCAAAUAAGGUAUGCUGGCUUCAAAGGUGUUGUAGCUAUUGAUCCAGCAUCUAACCACAAACUGUCCUUGCGUCCAAGCAUGCGUAAGUACACUUCAAAUAAUAUAAGUCUUGAUGUCCUUUCUUGGACAAAAUAUGGGCCAUGUUUCUUAAACCGUCAAAUUAUUACUCUGCUGUCUAGUUUGGGGGUUAAAGAUGAAAACUUUGAGAUUCUGCAAAAACAGGCAUUGGCGCACCUGGAUAAUCUUCUGUACAACAGAGAUGAUGCUCUUGGUGUGCUACAUAUUCUCUUUUCAGGUGAAAGUCACCAUCUUCUCACAGACAUUCUGUCGUGUGGCUAUUGCCCAAGUUCAGAGCCUUACUUGUCAAUGAUGCUUCAAGCAUUUCGAGCAUCUAAAAUUCAAGAGUUAAGAAGUAAGGCACGCAUUUUUGUUCCUAAGGGAAGAUGUUUAAUGGGAUGCCUGGAUGAAACUGGAACACUAAAUUACGGUGAAGUGUUUAUUCAAAUUUCCCGUGCUCCAGGAAACAAGCAGUUUCAUGACGACAGGAACCAUGCCAACUCCAUAAUAGAAGGAAAAGUAAUUGUUGCAAAAAAUCCCUGCCUUCAUCCAGGUGAUAUACGUGUCCUUUUGGCCAAGAACACAUUGAAGCUUCAUCAUAUGAUUGAUUGUAUCGUUUUCCCCCAGCAUGGACGAAGGCCCCACCCAAAUGAGUGCUCAGGUAGCGAUCUUGAUGGUGAUCUUUAUUUUGCAAGCUGGGAUGAAUCACUCCUUCCAUCUCAAGAAUACAUGCCAAUGGACUAUGUUGCUAAGCCACUUAUACAAUUGGAUCGCAAUGUGACCAUUGAGGAUAUGCAAGAGCAUUUUGCAAAUCAUAUUGUCAAUGACACCUUAGGAAUUAUAGCGAACUCUCAUCUUGCAUUUGCGGAUCAAGAGCCUGACAUGGCACGAAGUCACAAAUGCCUACAGUUAGCCGAGCUCCAUUCCACAGCAGUCGACUUUGCCAAGACUGGAGUUGCUGCCGAAAUCCCUCCCGAGUUACAUCCUAAAAGAUACCCAGAUUUUAUGGAAAAAGAAGAUAAGGAAACAUAUGAAUCAACAAGAGUACUCGGUAAACUUUACAGAUCCGUCCAAGAAGCUGCUCCACAGAACUCCAACCCCUAUUUUGCAGAGAAGGCAUACGACAAAGAUUUGGAAGUGUUGGGAUAUGAGAGAUAUCUUGAGAAAGCCUUUGAAUACAAGGCUAGGUAUGACUCCAGAUUGGCCGCAUUGAUGGAUCAUUAUGGCGUAAAAAAUGAAGCAGAAAUCAUAAGUGGAAACAUCGAGAGUAUGUCAAACUUCGUGGGCAGUAAUAAAAGGUAUGGAUAUGUUAGAGAAACCAUUAUGUCAGCUGUGAAAUCUCUGAAAAAAGAAGCCAGAGGGUGGUUUGAUCUCGAAGACAGUUACAAUGAUGUUUGUGAAGGUACCAAAAAACUGGCCAAGGCAUCUGCUUGGUAUUACGUAACGUACCAUCCAAGUUACUGGGGCAAGAGAGUUCGUCGUGAUGAUGAUGACGCUAAAAUUGCCCAUCUCAUUAGUUUUCCAUGGGUUCUAUUUGAUGUUUUGCUGCACAUCAAAAUAACAAAGCAGCAACAGUCUCAUAUUUCAUGUUCCUAAAUUUUCUUUUGUUUUCCACAUCUAAUGCAAGUUGUUUAUUGAAA